AUGACUAAAGUAGAUGAACCUGAUACUGAAUCAGAACAAGAAGAUAACUUUAAAACUAAUACAAAGACUGUUAAGUUCGAAUAUUCAGAUAUGGAAGAUGAUAAAGCAGAAUCUUCUUAUACAGCCACAAGAAGAGGCAAUCAAAAGAAAUAUGAGUUCAAAAUGCCUGUACACAAUGGUAUUCCAGAUAGUAGCAAAGGACCCAAUACGAUCAAUAUACUCAAUAUUGAUUGUAUCCAAGAUCUAAACUCAGAGAAAGAGUUGUAG